AUGCUUCCAGCACACACCCAAGGGGAUGGCCCUGCCCCUUUCGCUCCCCACCAUUACAGCUCUCGUUCAUCAGAGGAACUCAUAUUCCAGGCACUGAGUGCACCCAGCAAUCUCCUACCUUCCCCACAAACCCUUCCUCGUCUCCGCAGCCCCCCACCGUGGGAAGUGGGGCUGGGGGGGUGUCACAGGGGCAAACACUGAUUCAUUUCUGCAUUAAUGCUCGGUUACUAAAAAAUCCCGAAUGAGCAAAGAAGCCAUUGCACCUUGGGCACAGGUCAGAGCAAGCUCCUGGAGCACAGCCCACAGAUUUCCCCUCUGCUAUGGCAAUGCUUCUGCUGGCUGCGUGUUCCUGGUGCAUGCAGAGCCCCAAGGUUGCGUGCCAAGAUGCAGUGGGAAGUGUUUAACGUCCUCCAACCUUUGCCCGUAUUGAUCCAUGGUUCCAAGUUUGAUCCAUGGCCAAGUUCCUCCUACUGUACUCUGGAGCUGGGCAAAGGUAGGAGAAUCUGGGCAUAGCCGCGCGCUUCCUGCAGCUCAGGUGAGGGAUUUCUCUCUCGGUGGGGCUCCUGGUGGGGGAAAUCCUUGGGGGGUCACCUGCUCUGCCCCGCAGCCUGGCAGGAGCACAGUCACUGCCCAAGGCAAUGGGGGCCGCACUCAUGGAACUCACGUUCCAGUGACCCCGGCCCCUCCUCCCCUGGUGGCGGGAACCAUCUGGGUCCCUCUCUUCUCCGACAGCUUCUUCCCUAAUUUUCAUCCUAAAAUUUUUCUCUAUCUUCUUUCCAAAUGUUAUUCCUCAUCUUCGCCAUCAUCUCCUCAUCCAUCUCCUUCCCCUAUCUUCUUCUCUCAUUCUUUUACCCAUUUUUUACCCAUCUUCUACCCCUCCAGCUUCUUAGAGCUCCGUUGCCGUGGGUUUUGGCUGCGAUUCAGUCCCUCUUCGAACGGACCCUGGCGUGAGACUCCACUGCAAAGCUGAUCCGCUCCAGCUCUCAUCUCCUGCAGCAUCUUCCCUCAUUUUCUUAACAAAAAUUUUCCGCAUCUUCUGUCCCAGCCUUCUUUCCCAUCUCCUCCAUCGUCUCCUUCUCAGUCUCCUUCCUCACUCUCCUUUCCCCAGCUCCUUCACUCCUCCUCUUCUCCAGCACAGAUGCGCUUCAUAUCAGGCUGCAACCACCCCACCUCUGCCCUCCCAUGGAAGAGCCUCCUGCCUCAUCUCCUGGCUCUGCACAUACUCCACCCGGGAUCAGGUAGGGCUCCUGUGGGGCUGCUGUGCCUGGCACAGGAGUUGCUGGAGGGUGGGGGAUUGGCCAAGGUGCAGAGAGGACUCAAGCCCAGCACCCAGCCCCACUUCAGUUUCACUUUCUCUUUGGUUCUUCCAUGAAACGCGUGAUUUUGGGUAGAAUUUCUAUCUCUUCCUCACCUCCUACACACGUUGUGAGUGGGCUCCCACCCCCAGGAAUCCUUCCCCACUCCCUCCUGUUCCCUCUACAGCUCUUGCACAUGGGAUGCAGCACGCAGCACCUCCCCCUGUGCCGCUCCCUGCCCCCACAUGAACGCAGGCACCACCUCACUGUCUCUCCAUGCCCUUCUCAUUGCACAGCCCAGUUCAGGGUGGUGGCACCCAGACUUCAUGUCAUGGCAACUGUGGGACAGGACGUCGUGCUGCGCUGCCACUUGUCCCCUUGCAAGGAUGCUUGGAGCUCGGACAUCAGAUGGAUCCAGCACCGGUCCUCGGGGCUUGUGCACCACUACCAAGAUGGAGUGGUCUUGAAGCAGAUGGAGGAAUAUAAAGGGAGGACAGAACUGCUCAGGGACGGUCUCUCUGAUGGAAACCUGGAUUUGCGCAUCACUGAUGUCACCUCCUCCGAUAGCAGCUCAUACAGCUGCAUUUUGGAAGACGUUGAUGGCUAUGCAGAAGCUGUGGUGAACCUGGAGGUGUCAGAUCCCUUUUCCCAGAUCAUCCAUUCCUGGGCGGCAGCUCUGGCUGUGGUCCUCACACUUCUGCUUGGGUCAUUUGUCAUCAUUGCUUUUCUCCAUCGGAAGCAAGUGGCACAGCACAGAGAGCUGAGUGAGUCCUUGCAGCCCCAUCCACCACCAAAGUCCCUUGAAUGGAACUGAUAGAAGACUGCUGAGUGCUGGGUUUAUGGGAUGGGUUGGGGCCAUGGGAUC